AUGAUAUCCAAGGCCGCCUUCAUGAUGCAGGACCACGUGCGGCGCCACUACGUCAUGAUCACCGAUGUGUGUAGCCCCAGCACAUUCUUCGUCCGCGGCCGGCUCCCCUUCCCUCAAGGCCUCAUGGCCAUCGCGGUGCUCUUCAAGAACAAGCGGCCGGCCGACCUCUACGCACACCCAUACUUCAUCGAGAAGCAGAGCGACCCCUCCCAGCCGUCGCCACAGCUGCACCUGACGGAGGAGGCGCAGGGCAUCAUGAAGGUCAUGAGCGGUCUCCGCUACAUGCGAGACGACAAUGCGAAGCUCGACAACACGAUGGUGGUGGUGACCGACUACAAGGUGGUGGUGGAGGGACGCAUGCCGAGCGUGCCGCAGGCAGUGUCGACGGUGCCGGGUGGACCGAAGAUCUCUCCGGCGCAGGACGCAAGCGGCAGAGGCGCAGAAGGGCACAACCUCGCCACAGGUAAGGCCGCGGGAAGGUCGUCGGGCCUCACGUUGGAGCAGCGCGCCAUGCUGCGGCGUACCGUCCACCAUGUCACACAGAUCCCUGGCGGUGGUGGCGAUGCCGGCUUGGGUUUCGGUGGCAUGCGCAGUCCCUUCGUGGCUGCCUCGAGGCCGGCAGCAGCGCCAUCAGUGGCGUUGCCGUCAAGGCCACCAAAGGCGAGUGUGACAGGGGGAGCGCGCACCACCAGCGACAGUCACUCGUCCACGGCUAGCAGUGAUGCGGCCUCCACCGCGAUGCACAGCGUAGUGCCCGGCUACUCCACCUUUCCCACGCCGGAGGACUGUGCGACGGAUGCGAGGAUGUCGUAUCGCUAUCUCAAGGCCGCCAUCUUCGGUCGGCGCGCUCUGGAAGAGGCGGAGGAGGCGAGCCCAACGCGUGAUAUUGACGUGCCGGCGUUGUUCGAGAAGCGCGUUGGCGGCUAUACAGUCCUGUACAACCCUAUCGAAGUCAACGAGCGGACAUUCGUAGAGCUGCUGCUCAAGCUGCAGCAAGAGGAGCGCGUCGUGAAGGCGAUCGUCGUGCCGACGCGACCGGCGUGGCGUCACCUGCAGGUGUGGGCAGACGUCUUCCCUGACGCGGAGCUGAUCACCAGUGGCGAGGUACCGCUGCUACCGGCGGUAGCAACGUGGCCACCUCUUAGUAGAAGUGGCAGCAGUGGUGCCGCCACCUUGCCUGGUUCUCCCUCGACUGCAGCUGCGUCAGCAACGGAGUGGCGCGGCGGGUGCCAAGACAUGGGCAACGGCAUGACCGGACUAUCGUUUCCUGAGGUGGACCUGGAGGCCGAGGCGGCGCUUGAGCGGCAGCGUGCGGACGAGGCAGCCGCGAAGGCGAGGGCCACAGCGGAGGCGGCGCAGCGCGAGCGGUCAAGCGCGCCGGAUAAGAGUGACCGAGAGGUGGACGAGGACGACGACGACGAAAUGGCUGGGGCAGGUGGCGCUGACACGGCAUCCGAGCAAGCGCGACGGGCGAUGUUGCGCCGGCAACGGCAAAAGAUGAAGCUGCGGCAGGAGAUGCGCGCCGAGGACGCGCGGGUGGAGGCAGCGGCAUCAGCGGCCAAGUGGGCACCCGCAGGAGUGUUGGAGGGGGCCCAGGCGAGUGUCAGCACUAUGCCCGCCACAUCCCCAGAUGCCAUCAGCAACGACAGCGGCGACCCCGUUGACGUGCUGUGGAGCGACGUCUCCUUCUUCCUCACAGAAAAGCGCACGCAGGCUGUCGGACUGCGCGAGGGCGAUGCAUGGCGCCUGCGCAUCCUCGCACCACGCGACACAUCGAGGCCGGAGCCGCCGGUCGAUAUUCUGCGCCUCACCCCAACGAUUGAGCUGCUACGCAUCCCCGGCGACUCUGCAGUGGAGGAGUACGUGCUGUUUGACGCGAACAGCAACAGCCUCGCGUGCACGGACCUCUACCACGGCGAGUACGCCGACCUCGACCCAGCAAACUCGUGGAUGUGCCGGGUGUGGUUCAUGAAGCGUGGUGACUACAAGCACAAGGGCCUGGUGCCGCGCUACAAGUGGCUCCAGAUACUGCAACAGGGAUCGCUCUCCGUGAUCCAGUCGGCCAUUGACGAGCUGACGCGUCGGCGGCCCAUCAAAUGCGUGCUCAGCGCACACGGCACCCCGCCACUGAACGGCGACGACGCCGUCAACACGCUUCGACGUCAGUGGAGCUUACCACCGCUGCACCCCACGGAGAGGCCGCGGGAUGGGCGCAAGUAG